AUGGCCAAAUUGACUUCCCUUCAGACUUUGGAUCUUGUACAGAGCUGUGAUUCUCUGAGGUCGUUCCCGUUGGGCAUAUUCCCCAAACUUUCAUCCCUUUAUAUAUGGGGUUGUCAGAAUCUGGAAUCCUUUUCUGUUGAAGGAGGAGCAAAUGAAAAUCUCAGCCACUCUGACUCCCUGGCUAUUGUGACAUGCCCAAACCUUGUCUCGUUUCCCGACGGAGGAUUGCCUACUCCCAACCUGACUUACUUUUCAGUCUUGGCAUGCGAGCAUUUGAAGUUUUUGCCGGACCGAAUGCACACCCUCACCGCCCUUCAAUUUUUGUGGAUACAAAGUCUUCCAAAUCUGGUGUCAUUUGCACAAGUGGGUUUGCCUCCCAACCUGCAAACAUUUUGGAUCAUUAAUUGUGAGAGACCGAGGCCUUCAGCGGAGUGGGGAUUGCAAGGACUUGUCUCUCUCCGACGAUUUUGGAUUGAAGGAAACAAGGAUCUGUUGGAGACGUUGCUCGAGGAACAGAUGCUCCCUGCCACUCUUCACACUCUCAAAAUCUCUUCUGUAUCGAAUCUGAAAUCUUUGGACAGAAAGGGUCUUGAGCACCUCACUUCUCUUCAAGAGCUGCGAAUUUUAGGGUGCGAGAGUCUCGAAAUCCUUCCAAAAGACGGUUUUCUAGCAUCUCUUUCUUUGCUGGGCAUCUGGCAUUGUCCUUCUUUGAAGAAGAGGUACGAGAAGAAGAAAGGAAAAGAUUGGAAAAACAUAGCUCGCAUUCCUUGCAUACAGAUAGAUGAUGAAAUCACCAUAUGA